ACUCAAUUCAAUAACAAUUUUUUAUGUAUUAUUCCAUAUGAAACUUUUCUAAACUUUUUCAAUUCGUUCAUUAUGGGUUUCUUCUGCAGCGAGGAGAUGGAUCUGUGCAUACUGCUGUUGCACAUGGAGAACGCCUUCAAUUGCCUAAUGGAGCUGGCACAUUUCGGUGGCAUGCAGUUUAAUAACGUAUUCGAAGCGGAUCACGUCUUCAAUGGCUUGUAUACGAAAAAAGUGCUGCAGUGCAACGAUUUGCUGCGUAUUGUCGACUAUUUGACGGCACAACUAAAGAAAGCGAAUAUCACGGAAGUGUAUUAUGCCGAUGUGGAUACAGUGUAUCGGCCACACGAAUCAAACGUAUCUGAGUAUGAUCUCAAGCUGCGUCGUUACUAUAAGGAUUCGACAGCAGUGAACGAACACUUUACAGCGCUGGAUAAACAGUAUAUCUACAUGAUGGAAAAAAAAUUAGCAUUGGACAAAGUAAAUGACUUUCUGCCGAGCGAGGGAUCCAAUUCGAAAGCGCCUCUUUAUACGGAGGAGUCAAUUGUUCAACUUAUAAAGGAUCAAUCUGAGGGUGAUCCGAGUAGCUUAAAACUGAAUUAUAUUCUGGGUUGCAUGCUCUUGGAGAAGUUUGCAGCAUUUGAGCUGAUGGUCUAUCGUUUCUUUGGCCGAAUUGUGCUCGUCCGCCACACUGAGUUGCCAGCGCAGACCAAUGACUCGGGCGAUCAUCACCCGGAUGCAGCUCAAAAGUGUGUUGUAUUUUUGAUAACCAACUCGGCAGCGAUUCGUUCGAAAUUGCUUAGGCUCUGUCUGGCAUUUCAUGUUGUCAUCUUUGAGUGUCCGGAGAAGCCAACCCAACGUGCAGAGAUGAUCGAUCGACUGGAAAAGGAUACAGGCGAUUUGGAAGUGGUGCUGGCAGAAACGCGCAAAACGAAUGAACGAUUGCUAGCUAAUGUUGCCAGCGAUCUGUAUAUAAUGCGCAUUAAUUUACGCAAAUGCUUGAGAGUUUACGACUUGCUGAAUCGCUUGUAUGUGGUCGGUUUAUUGGAUCAUCCAAAAUAUUUACAAGCCGAAUGCUAUGUGCCCACAUUGCUAAUCGCCGGCGUGGGCGAUGCACUCGAGAAGGGAAUCAAUUCAUCGGGCGGCGAGGACAAAUACACAGCACCGCUAUUGGUCAAACGUACGAUCCAUCAGCCACAUAUCCCGCCCACAUAUUUUAAGCUGAACAAAUUUACGCACGGCUUUCAGAAUCUCAUCAAUUCGUAUGGCAUCGCCGACUAUAGAGAACUCAAUCCGGCUCCAUAUACAAUUAUAACAUUUCCAUUUCUAUUUUCCAUAAUGUUUGGCGACCUGGGCCACGGCAUCAUAUUGACCAUUUUCGCCUGCUUUAUGAUCUUUCAGGAGAAACGUAUCGAGCUCAUGAAUCGAACGACAAUCAGCGAGAAUGAGAUAAUAAGUAUUCUGUAUAGCGGACGCUAUAUCAUUUUGCUAAUGGGCCUAUUUUCUAUAUAUAUUGGCUUCAUCUACAAUGACGUCUUGUCGCGGUCAAUGAAUUUAUUCACUUCCAGCUGGGCGUGUGUGUACAAUGACUCAACAGUCAUGGAUCUGACCACACAAUUGACAUUGAAUCCCAAUGAUCCGCGCUUCUAUACAGGUCAUCCAUAUCCGUUUGGCGUCGACCCCAUAUGGAAAAUCAGUGGCGAAGAUUCCAUAAUCACUUUCAACUCGCUCAAAAUGAAACUGGCCAUCAUUUUGGGCAUAUCCCAAAUGAUGUUCGGACUCUCAUUAGCGGCAGCCAAUUGCAUUCAUUUGAAUCGUAGAUCUGACUUAUUUCUUGUCGUUAUUCCACUUUUUAUCUUUAUGACCUGCUUGUUCUGUUAUUUGGUGUUCCUCAUCUUCUUCAAGUGGCUAACUUAUGGGGGCUUGAAGCAAGCUCCGCACAAUUCGGCGUGUGCACCGUCUGUGCUAAUCACCUUCAUCGAUAUGAUGCUGAUGAAGACAUCGGAGUCGGAGGAAAAGGACUGUAAUGUGGGCAUGUUUCCACAUGAGCGAAAUUUGGAAUAUAUUCUCGUCUUUGUGGCCUUUGCCAUGGUGCCAUUGUUAUUAGCCGGCAAGCCGAUCUAUUUAACGUAUCGGCAACAGCAGCUGAUGAAGAAACGCAAAAAGGAACGGGAUCUGGAGGAAUUGCAUCGCAGCAGUCGGAACACCAUUAAGGAAAUGCGUUCCUCCUUACGCUACACCGUCGAUCCAAGGGAUUCGGAACGGCGCUCUUUGCACCACAGGAAUCAAGUAGUCACCGAAGCAAUUGAGUUUGAUAUGUCCGAAAUUUGGAUACAUUCGGGCAUACAUACGAUUGAGAGUGUUUUGGGCUCUGUUUCGCAUACCGCCUCGUAUUUGCGCCUGUGGGCCUUGUCGCUAGCUCACAGCCAAUUGUCGGAUGUGCUAUGGACUAUGGUGCUCGAGAAGGGCCUAAAGAAUAAUUUAUCACUCUACACUGGCGUUCCCAUGCUAGUUGCAUCCUUCUUCAUCUGGGCCAUAUUAACGGUCGCCAUAUUGGUCAUGAUGGAGGGCUUGUCGGCAUUUUUGCAUACUCUGCGCUUGCACUGGGUCGAGUUUCAAUCGAAGUUUUACAAUGGGGCCGGUGAACCGUUUCGCACCUUUUACUUUCCACCCUCAACUAUACGUGGCUAAGCCAAUGUUUUCUAU